UGAUAGAUAAACGCCCCUCCCCCUGUUGGUGUGUGGGAGCAUAGUGGUGAGGAAGACGCGUGCCGUGAAUUAUUUUGCCUUGUUCACCCACUUAUAACUUAGCAGUUAUAAGAUUAAAUCAUGUCUCUGGAAGUGGAAUCUGCAGACGUGAUCCGUCUGAUAAUGCAGUACCUGAAGGAGAACAACCUGCACCGCACCCUGGCCACCCUGCAGGAGGAGACCACUGUGUCCCUUAACACGGUGGACAGUAUCGAAAGCUUUGUGGCUGACAUAAACAGCGGGCACUGGGACACAGUUCUGCAGGCCAUCCAAUCCCUCAAGCUCCCUGACAAGACGCUCAUUGACCUCUACGAGCAGGUGGUUCUGGAGCUGAUCGAGCUGCGAGAGUUGGGGGCGGCCCGUUCUCUGCUGAGGCAGACCGACCCCAUGAUCAUGCUGAAGCAGACCCAGCCCGAGAGGUACAUCCACCUGGAGAACCUGCUGGCCCGGUCCUACUUCGACCCCCGAGAGGCCUAUCCGGAUGGCAGCAGUAAGGAGAAGCGGAGGGUGGCCAUUGCCCAGGCCCUGGCAGGGGAAGUGAGUGUGGUCCCGCCCUCUCGUCUCAUGGCUCUGCUCGGCCAGUCUCUGAAAUGGCAGCAGCACCAGGGCCUGCUCCCGCCCGGGAUGACCAUCGAUCUGUUCAGGGGCAAAGCCGCUGUGAAAGACGUGGAGGAGGAGCGCUUCCCCACCCAGCUCAGCCGACACAUCAAGUUUGGACAGAAGUCGCACGUUGAGUGCGCCCGCUUCUCCCCCGACGGCCAGUACCUGGUCACCGGCUCCGUGGACGGCUUCAUCGAGGUGUGGAAUUUCACCACCGGGAAAAUCCGGAAGGAUCUGAAGUACCAGGCUCAGGACAACUUCAUGAUGAUGGACGACGCAGUUCUGUGCAUGUGUUUCAGCCGAGACACUGAGAUGUUGGCCACGGGAUCACAGGAUGGCAAAAUUAAGGUGUGGAAGAUCCAGAGCGGCCAGUGUCUGCGCAGGUUCGAGCGCGCCCACAGCAAGGGCGUCACCUGCCUCAGCUUCUGCAAGGACAGCAGUCAGCUCCUGAGCGCCUCCUUCGACCAGACCAUCAGGAUCCACGGGCUGAAAUCGGGAAAGUCACUGAAGGAGUUUCGGGGGCACUCCUCGUUCGUAAACGAAGCCGCCUUCACGCCGGAUGGACACUACGUCGUCAGCGCGUCUUCUGACGGCACUGUCAAGGUUUGGAACGUGAAGACUACAGAGUGCAGCAACACAUUCAAGUCCCUUGGCACCUCAGCUGGCACGGACAUCACCGUCAACAAUGUGAUCCUCCUGCCCAAGAACCCCGAGCAUUUUGUGGUUUGCAACCGAUCCAACACUGUGGUCAUCAUGAACAUGCAAGGCCAGAUCGUGAGAAGCUUCAGCUCCGGUAAGAGAGAGGGGGGAGACUUUGUGUGCUGCACCCUGUCGCCCCGCGGAGAGUGGAUCUACUGCGUGGGGGAGGAUUUCGUGCUCUACUGCUUCAGCACCGUCACCGGCAAACUGGAGAGAACCCUGACGGUCCACGAGAAGGACGUGAUUGGCAUCGCCCACCACCCUCACCAGAACCUGAUCAGCACGUACAGUGAGGACGGCCUGCUGAAGCUGUGGAAGCCGUAGAGCCGCACACCCGCGCUUUUCCUUUUUCACACGGGCGGGGAGGGGGGUAGGCGGGCCUCAAGCCUUUCUAUCCUCAUUUUUCAUUACGAGUUUCGGAUGGGACCAGGGAAUUCUUGGACUUGGUUUUUUUUCAUUUUUUUAAGUUUUUAAAGCAAUAUCGAGUCGUACAUUUUUUUUUCGGUCGUAUCGUGUUAUAAAAUGCAUGACUAUUUAUUUUAAUAACGGGCAAUGGGAAGGGCUGUGCAUCGUCCUAGUGGCCAUCUUUCAUGAAUAACCUGAUGCAUCACCUACACCCAUCUGCAUUCCCACCGACCUGUUCUGUGUUAACUCUCUCACGCGUGUCUCCGUUGCCUCUACAAAGCAUGGAUGUUCUUUGUUUAUAACCAGUCGAUGACGUGUUUAUUAGCCUUCAUGUUUCAUUGUGUCCAGGGUAUCGUUUCCCUUUCGUGGGAGUGCAUGCUCGUGUCUCUGUUUUAGUGUGUGAAGUCUGUGUACAGAGAAUCCAAACAUUGAGUCCAUAUGCAGUUAAAAGAAAACCAGCUGGCCAGAUCGCUAAUUUUUUUACUAAUGCAUGGUUAUUUGUGGAGUUGGAUUAGUACAGUACAUACCUCUUCCAGUAUACACAAAGUUAAGGACCCUUUGUACAAUAGUCAGACGGAAAUAUUUUUGAACAAGCCUAUUAUUGGUACUUCUGUAAUGUACAUCUUCAGUAAAAAUGUUUUCAAAUUUUGGUCUGUAGAAUUUAAAUGUAGUGUAUUACCCAGUAUAUAUUUUUAGCUGCUCAAACUUUGUUGAGUUUUCUUGCCUUAAUGUUACCAAUACCUCCCUUCAUGCAUACAAGUAUGCAGUUAUUGUGGUUUGCGUUUCAGAAACCACACAUUCAAGGUCACUACUAAAUGGCCUUGUUUUUUUAAUUAAGAGAAAUGGGAUUAUUUUUUGGUUCAUGGUCAAAGGCUUGUCAGUGAUGUCCUGGUAAUAACUGGCAGUGUAAUUUAUGACUUCUCCAUGAUUAUUACAGUGAACUGAAGCUAUCAUCACUUGUUUAUUAAGUCACAUUUGCAUGGUUUUCAAUACCUGGAUGAAUCCAAAACCAUGGUCUUUGAUGAACGCUCCUAGUUCUGCUGUUGUGAUGCUCAUUGUGCUUUCGGUCGCGGGCACUUCCCGUAUGAACAUCUUGGGAUUGCAUGCAUUCACAAAACCAUAUUCGUGCAGUCAAGAGGGCGAAGUGUUUGGAUUUCCUUGGCACGGUCUGAAUGUUCUAGAAUAAGGGCUGAGGGAGUAAAAGGACAUUGAUCAACAAAGCAAAAAAAAAAAACCAACAAAAAAAACCUUUUGGAAAGUUAGCAUUUGUUAGAGAGCUUCCAGAAGAGAUUAAACUGGUAGGCUUGUUUGUGAGGCCACAGGUGAGGCCACAGGAUUAUGCACUCGAGUGCUUCAAUAAAGGCUUGCUGCAGUUCCAACA